UCCUCCAUCUUCCUUGUCGAUCAGAAGUUCUUAAGCUUUACAUUGGACACGUAUUUUAUCACGGUUCACCUUCGAGGAUUUAAUGCCAGCUCUCCCAAGCUCCGGAAUGUUGCACGUGGAUUGGCUCCAGCUGUCUUUCGGGUUGGCGGGACAUCAGCCGACACCAUCGUCUUCAGAUCUCCGUCACGAGGGUUCAACGUCAUGACAGAACAAGAUUUUGAUGCCAUAUACAGUUUCGCUAAGAGCGCUGGGUGGGAGAUGAGUUAUGAUCUCAACUUACUGUACAGAAACAACAGCCAGUGGAAUUCUAGCAAUGCCGUUAUGCUGUUAGAAUACGCGGCGUCCACGGGCCAGGUCAUUGAUCUGGAACUAGGCAAUGAGCCCAACCUGUACCAGUUCACAAAGCACGUCGACCCGGCACAGAUAGGUAGAGAUUACGUUCAUCUCAGAGCACUGAUGAACACCAUGCCACCGUUUAAUACGAGAAGACUGAUUGGUCCAUCUGUCACGCACGCCUUCACCGCGGACUACGCAGCCAAGUUUCUCUCCACUGGCUCCACUUCCGUAGACGUGUUUUCUAUUCACCACUAUUACUCGUCUGGCCCCGCGCUCACUCCCCAAGAUAUGAUCAACCCAACUGUUCUGGACAGUAUCACAGAUACUCUGAAUAAAGCCAGAGAUGCAGUGUCUAAAUACUCCAGGGGAACUCACACUGUGUGGCUGGGAGAAACAGGAUUGGCCUACAGUAGAUCUGCUCCUAACACCACUGGAUACAUAGCAGGUUUUAUGUGGUUGGACAAAAUAGGCAUGGCUGCCACACACGGAGUGUCUUUGCUGGCCCGACAAAGUUUUCCAAGUUUCUACGACGAAAAUGAGACUCCGACACCCGAGUACUGGCUAACACUGUUGUUCAAACGACUGAUGGGAAGGCGCGUGCUGGAGGUGACAUCCACGGAGGGCAAUCACUUCUUCAGGAUGUACGCCCAUUGCUCCCUAAAUCACCCUGGAGGCGUGGCCUUCUACUUCCUAAAUAUCUACAGCUCUGACGUAGAGUUAACAAUACCAUCAUUUACCAGUCACAGUUACGAGCUCUUCAGUCUAUCCGCCGGUGGCAAUGGCACCAUGUCUACCAGCAUUGUUAAUCUCAAUGGUCACCCAGUUACUAUGGAUGGAGACAAUCUACCUGAACUUUCACCUGUGACUUCACAAACAUGGCCGGUUGUCAUCCCAAAAUUCACCUAUGGUUUUCUUGUUUUACCUGAUGCUUACGUCAUGGCUUGUCGUUGAGCACUCCGUUUUGUUCCAUUUGUCAUAUCGAAAUAA